CUGUUUGAUUUAAAUAUAAAUAAACACCACACAAACACCGAAUUCGUUCACCAUGAGCUCGUCUCCAAAUUCCGAGGAUGAUAGAAAGAUGGAUUUCAAUCCAUUGCUGCUGGCGAGCGGCAAAAGGAAAAGUGCCUUCCUGCCGUACAAGCCUUCGAACACGGUGCUAACAAACUUGCAGCGCGGCAACACGGAAGCAAACAUUCCCAGUGAAAUCUGUCUCAACUUCCACGAAAAAACCGGACAAGGGGAAAUAACCGAGGAACAGAUACGGGCGGAACAGGCGGUCGACGUUCCAGAUGCCGAUCAGUUCACGCCGCUCCACUGGGCGUGCUACUAUGGUCAGCUUGCGGCGGCCAGUAUUCUUAUCAAGUGUGGUGCGGAUGUUAACAGACAAGCAAUGGACAUGAUCACCCCGAUACUGCUGGCAGGAGCAGGUGGACACAAUGAGAUCGUCCGAUUGCUGGUGGAAAACGGAGCAGUGGUCAAUCACAUGGACAUCGUAGGCAAUACUGCGCUCAUGUAUGCGGCUGCCGGCAACCAUCCCCACACCUGUAACGAGCUGCUAAAUUCCGGGGCUAGCUUUACCGAGACGAACGAGGACGGCGAGUCCGCCUACUCGCUGGCGGUGAAAAACAACGCUAAUCUGGCGCAGGCUGUGCUAGAAAAUCACAUCACAGCACUGCUGAUGACUUGAAGGGGAGUCGUGCUUUUUGGAGGAAAGAUAUGUGAUAAUCAGAUAAACCAUUGAACAAACCCAUUAGAAA